AUGAUGUUUUCACAAAUUGUAUGAGUAAUGUAGUCAAUAAAUAAGUGUUCCAAAUUUGUAAUGCAUUUGAUAUUAAUGAUUUAAAAUAAUAAAAAACUUUGUAUUUCAUUACAUGGUCUCUUUUUUUCAAUACUGACACCAAUAAAUUUUUGUACUCUAAAUACGAGCCGUGCAAACACGAGUAUGAUACUAGUAUUUUUUAAAACAAGUAUGAAAAAUGAAAAGAAGAAAAUUCUUAUGAGAGCAGAAGGGUAAAAGUUUUUGGAUUAUACAAUUGGGCUUACACAAAACUAAUAUUGGGCCAGUCCUAGCUCCACAUUCCACAUUUGGGCUCACCCAUGCUCUGCAACUACUGCUACUACUGUGAGUCUUCUUCCUUCAUCAUCUUUGCCGUCCUUCAUUGUACAUACAAACCUCAGCCUCUGACUAUCGGUUAUAAUUUCCAUCACUUCCCACAUGGAUCAGUAUGAAAAGGUUGAAAAGAUUGGCGAAGGGACAUAUGGUGUAGUAUAUAAGGCUCGUGAUCGUGUGACAAAUGAAACUAUUGCACUGAAGAAGAUCCGGCUGGAACAGGAAGACGAGGGAGUUCCUAGUACAGCUAUCAGAGAAAUAUCCCUUUUAAAAGAGAUGCAACAUGGAAACAUUGUCAGGUUGCAAGAUGUGGUCCACAGCGAGAAACGGUUAUACCUGGUGUUUGAAUACCUUGAUUUGGAUUUGAAGAAACACAUGGAUUCCUGCCCAGAAUUCUCCAAGAAUCCACGUAUGAUAAAAAUGUUUUUGUAUCAAAUACUCCGUGGAAUUGCUUAUUGUCAUUCUCAUAGAGUCCUUCACAGAGAUCUGAAGCCUCAAAACUUGUUGAUAGAUCAGCGCACAAAUUCUUUGAAGCUCGCUGACUUUGGUUUGGCCAGAGCCUUUGGCAUUCCUGUCAGGACUUUCACUCAUGAAGUGGUAACAUUAUGGUACAGGGCACCAGAGAUAUUACUUGGUUCUCAGCAUUAUUCUACUCCUGUUGAUGUAUGGUCGGUUGGUUGCAUUUUUGCUGAGAUGGUGAACCAAAAACCACUUUUCCCAGGGGACUCAGAGAUUGAUGAACUCUUCAAGAUUUUCAGAGUGAUGGGCACUCCUUAUGAGGACACAUGGCCUGGAGUUGCAUCUUUGCCUGACUACAAAAGUUCAUUCCCCAAAUGGCCUCCAAAGGAUCUAGCGACUAUCGUCCCAAAUCUUGAUGCAUCUGGCAUUGAUCUCCUCCGUAAAAUGCUCAACCUGGACCCCAGCAAAAGAAUCACAGCAAGGAAUGCCCUUGAACACGGCUACUUCAAGGACAUCGGUUUUGUCCCUUGAAAAGAGAUAAAAAAACCCUCUACACGUUCGCGUGUAAAGCGGAAUUGGCAAUGUAUGUAGUUUGUUCCUUUGUUUUGUGCGAGUGGCUGCAUCGCGUUGGGAGUUUGUUGUGUAAGAGUGUUACGGUCUUCGCUCAAAGAUUUCGAAAUGUGGUUUAUCAUCUUGAAUGUAAUUAAGAUUGAUUAUUUAUUGCCAGAUUCUUGUUCUCUACUCUGUCCAAUUUUACGUGUUGAAAGAAGAAGAUAUUGCAUCUCCUUUCUGUGUGUUGGUGAUAAUG